GUCUCGGAGCAGCUGCGAAAAUGUUUCGAGGACUUUGCCGCCGGCACGCCGUCCAUGACGGUCCAUCACAACAAUCUGAAGAAGUUUAAGCUUCGCUGGAAGCGGGUGCGAAGCGACGACACCUGUCUCGUAUGCUUGCGUCGCACGCCAGAGAACAACAACUUGCCCUGCGGCCACGCGGUCUGCGAGAACUGCCCUCGAGUCUUCGGACACCCGGAUCAGAAUGAUCGGUGGGCGUUCGACAUUCGGCGCUGUUUCCUCUGCGAUAUGGCGCUUCGAGAUGUGACGGUAAAAGUAAAGCCUGACACCGCGGGUGUCAACGUAUUGACCAUCGAUGGGGGCGGCGUCAAGGGAAUCGUGCCGCUGCUGUUUUUGCAAAUCUUGCAGGACAGGAUGGGCCUACCGAUCCCAGUGCAGGAUAAUUUCGAGAUUUCGUUUGGCACUAGUUCCGGCGGACUGAUCGUCCUCGCAUUAUUUAUCAUGGGGUGGCCGGUGGAGGACUGUGCGAAUAUUUUCGAAUCUUUUGCGAAAAGGGCAUUCAGGCCGCGCUGGGUCUCCCACGUACCCGUUGUGUCCCGCAUUCCGGUCCUGUCGCACAUUCUUGGGUUUCUCGUGUCGUAUUUGGCCGACGGUCUGUAUCCAGCGGAUAAUUUGGAAGCUGCGCUAAAAGAAGUGUUCGGCGGCGACAUGGGCAUCCUGGACAACUCCCAUGCAACUGCGAUCGGCGCGAAAGUGGGAAUCCCGGUGACCACGGUCCUGGAAACGGACCCGUGCCUCUUCACCAACUAUAACGGGGCGGGACCGAGGCCGCAGGACUGCGGAUACCGCAUUGUCCGGUCACAAGAUGGGCGGAAAAGGAUUCGGCUGUGGGAGAUAGCAAUGAGUGGAGCUGCGGCACCGUGGUACUUUCCAGCAAAGCGCAUUCCUGGGGUAGGGACCUUUCAAGACGGAGCCCUGUGGAGGAACAAUCCCGUCGACCUUGCCCUGUGGGAAAUCCCGGUGGUGUGGCCACUGAUCCGAAGGCCCAAUGUGGUCGUCUCCCUCGGUACCGGGUCCUCGGGACCACGCGUACCCACGUCACACUCCAGCAGACUACGUGCGAUCUGGAGAGAGGGCUUCCUGCCACGAUCGUACAGAGCCUUCAUGGAAUUAAUCAACGGUAAAAAAAUCGCCCAAGCGUUCAAGAAUGGACGACGGGCAGAGUUAGAUGGGCGGUACUUCCGAUUCGACGUUGAACUAGACAGAGAGGUCGACUUGGAUGAUACAGGCAGGAUGCACGAGCUGGCAACAAAAGCUCGGGAACAGUUCUGUCGGUCGGAGGAUGUCGAUGUCGUCGCGCGUUGCCUCGUUGCGACGCGUUUCUACUUUGAACUCGACUCAAAGCCGAAGAAGAUUAAGGGGAAGUAUUCUGGAUCGGGCCAUAUCUUCUGUCGUUUGCCUCGAAAUAGUCCCGAGCUCGAGGUGCUGCUGGAACAGUUGUCUAAACGGGCGGCGCGAUUUAUCGUGAACGGCCAUGGGCUUCCCGGGUCGGUCGGCGAUCGGUCGUUCAUCGACCACCAAGGAACCUUUCGUAAAAGGGUCGAAUUUGAAACCAAGGACACAUUAUCCGUUCUUCUUCAAGAAGGGCUAGCGGAUCCGCAGCAUAUCAGUGGAUCUCCAUACGCAGUCCACGAUCUAAUGGAUAUGCAAGGCCUCAACAAUGAUUUUGGUACUCCGGAUCAUAGGAAGCGAAAAGAGCGCGAGGAGAAGGAGGAUGAGGGAGAAACGAGGGUAGAGGAGCCGGCCAAGAAGCGUCGUCGGGCUCGGUAGAACGUCAUCGGUGCUCGUGGAGGUGUCGCGCUCGCUGGGAACCGC